UCUGGUGCAACAGUCGGUCCCCCAUGGCUACCGAGAGGUGCCUCAGGAGGAGGAGAAGGAAGACUUGAUGGUGGAAGAAAGGGAAGAGUGGUGGUGGUGGUGGUGAAGGAUGAGGUUGAGGACUUCCUGGGUGUGGAGGCGGGUGAUGAGAUGGACCGCCUGGUGGAGACAGUGGCCGAGGAUGAGGAUAACGUGCUCAGUGGUAAGUACCUGCAUGGCCUGGGGCAGAAGGCGAGGCUGUCCCUGGUGGAUGUGCUGGAGGCCCCUUGGGGCUUCUGGGGUAGCUUCACCGGCACCGGGGCAGCCACCUUUGAGGAGACGGUGCAGCUGGGUGCCUGGCGCAUGGCUGGCAUUGGCCCUCUUCCCCACAUACUGGACCACAACCCCCAGGAGAGACACCCACAACAGAGUCACUCAACAGAGGACCAUCCCACCUCCUACUCCUGCACCAUCACCUCUCUCACCCCCACCAAAGUGUCCUGCACAGCAGCCGGCCUGUCCGCAGGCUCCUACAGACCCAUGGUGACCAUGGCUGGGGCUAGGGCAGUUGUGGGCAACAAGGUGACCUCCACUACCCUGCCCGUGGCCUCUGCCCUAACACCUCAGUCCGGCAGCAUCAACGGAGGUGCGGUGCUGGUGGGGAACAGCUCGGGGUUCAUUCCCGGGUACAUGAUGGUGGUGGUUGGUGGUGCUGAGUGCUCCAUGCUGCAGGAGAGUGCCAACACCAUCUCCUGCCGCCUGCCACCUGGCAUUGAGGGGGAGGCAGCAGUGGUGGUCAGUGUGGCCUGCAGUGAGAAUGUGAUGGCUGCCAAAGCAUUCACCUACGCUGCAGCCGUCACCCCCAUGCUUCUCUCUGUCACGCCCUCUACUGAUGUGGUGAGCAGCACCACCCUCACACUGGAUGGCACUGGCUUCACUCUGUCCGGGGGCACCCCUGAGGUCACCGUGGGGGGCAAAAGGUGUGGCCUGGUCUCCCCUGCUUCCCCCACCUCCCUCCAGUGCAUCGUCCCAGCACUUGGAGGAGGGAAACAUGAGGUGGUUGUGAGGGAUGCAGUGUAUGGAGACUCCAACAACUUGUCCAUCUCCCUCAUCUUCUCUCUCACCUCACUCACUCCCUCCUCAGGGAGCUUUGGGGGUGCUAGGAUCAUGCUGGCAGGUCAGGGCUUUGACCCGGAUGGCGGCUCCUUGGUGACCUUGUGUGACCUGCCCUGUGACCUUGUGAGCAGCGACAGCACCACAGCCAUAACCUGUGUGGCACCAGCCCUGCCCCACAGUGAGGCGGAUGUGACAUGUGAUGUGGUGGUGAGCAGCCCGAAUGGUUUGUCUGCCAGUCUGCUGGGUGGCUUCACUUACCAACUGGCUCUCACACUCUCCCUCACUGGCCUGGAGCCCCAGUGAGGCGGCACUGCUGGCGGCACCUCCCUCACCCUCACUGGCACUGGCUUUGGGUUGAGCGGCAAUAAGGUGACCAUUGGUGGGUCAGAGUGCAAGGUGACCCAAGAGGGUCCGACCAGCAUCACCUGCAUCACUGAGGCUCACCAAGGGUCGGGUCAAUUCCAGGUCAAGGUCACUGCCCCUGGGAAAGGCUUGGCAGCAGCUCAGAACAAUAGUGGAAUCUUUUCCUACAUCGACCUCUGGAGUUCACCAUUCACUUGGGGCAGCGAACCGCCACCAUCACAGGGGCAGCUGGUGGUGGUGACUCAGGGCAAGACACUGCUGCUGGACCAGUGCUGAAGAUG